AUGGUUCUUUCUUUGAAUCCUCUUCUGAAGAUGGAAGUUGAAGCAUUGGGAAGUGAUGUCAUGUAUACUCCAGAGACAUUUUUCAUUACAGCACCUUCACUUUCGUAUGUCUGCCUAUGCGACUCGACUGUCCGGAAAGUCCAUGAGCGAAUGGUUGAAGAAAUAAAUUUAGAUAUGUAUUCCAACGUGAUUGAGCAAAUCGAGAAUAUAAACCCGGGUUUAUUUGAAAAGGAUAUCUUCCUGGGUAAAAAGAAAAGCACGAAGAACAAGGCUGAGAAAAGGUUAAUAGAGAACGCGAUUUCCUCUCGACCGCCACCAUCUCCAUCUCUAUCUACAUCUCAUCCUCUACCGUCGUCAUUACCACCACCUUACGGCGACUUCAAAGAGAAGAAAGAAACACGUGAUUUGGCAACACAAAUAAACAUCAAACUGUCAUAA